GAGGUGGCCCCACCCGCCCCGCCCCUCGCCUGAGUGACAGCCCGAGGAGGGUGGGGCCUCUGGGUGGGGCAGGGAGGAAGAGGAGGGCGGCGGAGAGAGGAGCAACGCCACCGAGGGGCUCCUUCCCUGCUUCCUUUCGGGGUCCCGCAAAAUGGGGUCCCAGAGGCUGCAUGAGGGGGAGUGAGUGUCCCAGCGCUUCUCAUCCACAUCGGUAGAGUAAAGACAGGCCGGCCGCAGCCUUCACCCAGGCUCUGUCUAGGAUGAGCUCCUCGUCCCUCUUGCAGGGCAGCGCCAUGGAGCCUCCGGUGCUGCUGAGCGACAUCAAGACGGAGCCCCCCGAGGAGCUGCUGGCCAGUGACUGCAACCAGCCCCAGGCUGAGCCGGUGGACUUGUCCCUGCACAAGAGCAAGCCCCCGCUGCGCCCUCCCUGCUCUUCCUCCUCCUCUUCCUCCUCUUCCUCCGUCCGCACCUCGCCCGUGCUGACCGCGCCCCCAGCACCAGUCGUCUCCGUGUCCACCGUGGGGCUGGGCCCCUCCUCGGCCGCCAUCCCGGCCGUCCUCUCGCCGGGCUCCCUCCUGGCCUCCACGCAGGGCAGCGGCGGGCAGCAGAUCCUCCACCUCAUCCACACCAUCCCCUCAGUCAACCUGCCCGGCAAGAUGGGCGGCCUCCAGACCAUCCCCCUGGUAGUCCAGUCCCUGCCCUUGGUCUAUGCUGCCAUGCCCUCCGACGGGGUCGCGGCCACUGCCGCCCUCACUGUGCCCCUCAUCGGCGGAGACGGGAGGAACGCCGGCACCGUGAAAGUUGAGCCAAGCUCCAUGUGUUCGGUGGAUGCGAAUAGUGACAGUGAAACCAGCGCUUCGGAGAGCGGACCUCCUUCCUUCUCCGACCUCCAGGGAGAGCCUUCAGCCGGCCAGAUGCAGUGGGCCGAGUCUCCGGACCUCAAGAAGCGGCGGAUCCACCAGUGUGACUUCGAGGGCUGCAACAAAGUUUACACAAAGAGCUCACAUCUGAAAGCACACAGGAGGAUACACACAGGAGAGAAGCCCUACAAAUGCACCUGGGAGGGCUGCCCCUGGAAGUUUGCCCGCUCGGAUGAACUGACCCGGCACUUCCGGAAGCACACCGGCCUCAAGCCCUUCCGCUGCUCGGACUGCGAUCGCAGCUUCUCCCGCUCCGACCACCUGGCCCUGCACCGACGGAGGCACCUCAUGAUGUGAACGCACAGCUGGGCCCCACUUCCCUUUGGUACCCUUUGGACCCCUGCAUGGCGCCGGCCUUUUGCUACGGAGCCCCCGUUUCCUUGCCAUCCUUUGAGCUCCUGGCCUUGGGACACAGAAGGGGUCACUUUGGGAUACGGAGCUUGAGAGAUCCAGCCCCGAGGUCGGUUUGGAUGCAUUUUGGCUCCGACAAAAUGCUCAGUCCACGCCUUUCCCUGUGGCUGAUCCUGGAUUCAAGUUCCCAGGAAACUGCAAAGCACAGGGAGAAAAAAUACAACUCUGUUUUGAUAUUAUGAGCACUGAAACAAAAGUUGGAAAUGUAGACUCCGCCAGAGGUUUACUUGGAUGGAUUUUGGAAAUUUUUUCCCCUUUUUCUCCUGAAACUGGUGACCGUGAAGACUUCAUGUCGUCUUUUUUGAUGGCGAGAUCAAUUCUCUCUUUUUUUUAAAUUAUGGAGUUCGGAAUCUUGUGUGUCUGAGUGCGUACGGUUGCAUGAGAGAGAGAAAGGAUUUUUUACAAACCCGGUUUUAAGCCUUUUAAGCAGCGGACCCGAUCCCAUUGCAGCCAGCCGGAGGACUGUGAUGACUCAAUGAGGUUUGAGGUGGGCUUCUGUGAGUUGAAGGAAACAGACGGACAAAUGGAGUCUCAGUGGCGGAGUUGUGAGUCUGUUUGUUUGCGUGCAUGGCUCUUCCUUUUCUGAAAGGAUCCUUGGAAAUGCGCCAUUCGGACUCGGUGCCCAACGAAGGUCCAAAGAACUGCCGGGAAGCUAUUUGCUUGAGGGGAUUUGAAGGCCUUUUUUUCCCUUCUCUUUUACUCCACUCUUUGCGGAGGUCAAAUAUGAUUUUUUGCAAAAAUG